GUUGAGAGUGAGGGCGAAUAGGCGCCCAAUAGCACUCAUCGCCACUGCUAAUCUUAUCCUAUGAUAAGCCAACCUGUGGUUGACUUAUCUCGGAGCAUUCAGCACGGACAGGGACAUAUCCUCCUCAACUUGUACGGUACACACUAUUUACGACCUGAUGGCAUCCACAAAACAAGAGCUCACCUACGAGACACCGAUGAAGUGCCCAACUGGAUUUAAAGAACGUGGUGAUAUCUUACUUCCCGGGAACAAGAUCAAGACUACGGACUCAUCAGUUCACAUACUGGCUCUAUGUUCCCUUUCUUUCCUUCUAUGAUUCUAUGUUACCUACUUUCAUAUCUAUAUAAUUUCAUACUCACCUUUUCAGCCACCCACAUCUGUUGUCCAAACUCUUUGAUCAUCGCAUCCACCUACUUACACACACCUUUUGAUAAAACCGUUACGAUGCAACAUCUAACUAAGACAGUAUCCACAAUACAUACAUUCACUACUAUACGAUACUUGGCAUUACUGGUACUUGGUACAUAGUUUUCCCCGCUCUUGGCUCCGAAAUGGUGGCCUGCGGCGGUUAAAUCAACUCUCUCUCUCUCUCUCUC